AUGACGAACACAAGCGAGAGCAACGAUCCCCUCUACCCCGACUACCUCCCCGUCUGGGAAUACAACACCCUCCCAGACUGGGAAGAGGUGGCCUUCACCGACGCCGGGACGCGCGCAACGGAUGAUUACAACUACCUCUUCCCGGCGGACCACACCGCCCACCGGCGACCCGUGUCGCCUUACAUUGGGGAGGAGAUACGAGGCAUUCAGCUCUCGCAGCUCGACAAGCCGGCGCUCGAUGAUCUCGCCCUCCUCGUUGCCCGGCGUGGGGUCGUCAUCUUCCGCGACCAGGACUGGAAGGCGCGUGCCGUUGUUGACACAGUCCGCCACUUUGGCCGGCUGCGCAUCCACCCUACUAUGGGGUACCCCGAAGGCUUUCCGGAGAUUCACGUGCUGUAUCAAGAUCCCAAGGACGCAGCGACUUCCAAAAACACCGUCGUCAGCCUCGACUACUCGGACAAGAUCUCCAGUAUCAACUGGCACAUCGACCACAGCUCCGAGGUGCAGCCUGCCGGGCUCACGUUCUUCUGGAACCUCGAGCACCCUGACGUGGGGGGCGACACGCAGUUUGUGUCCCUGACGGAGGCGUACAACCGCCUGUCGCCCGAGCUUCAGCGCGGUCUCGAUGGGCUGCAGGUACUGCACGACAACUCUAGCAUGCUGCACUACUCGCGUGAAAAUGGAGGUCCUGCGCGCUUCAACUCCGUGAGGCGCCACCACCCACUCAUCCGCACGCACCCCGCCACAGGCGACCGCGCGCUCUUCGUCCACGGCUUUGUGCAGGCCAUACACGGACUCAAGGCCGAAGAGUCGACAUGGAUCCUUUCCUUCCUCCAGGACAUUGUCGCCAAGGGGUCCGAGUAUCAGAUACGGGCGCGUUGGGAGCCCGGGAGCGUCGUGGUCUGGGACAACCGCGUGGUAGCGCACACUGCGACGCCCGACCUCGCGGGGGUCGAGGGCCGGCGCCACAUGGUCCGUAUUGCUGCCAUGGCUGAGGUGCCGGUGUGA